UCUGAUUAAUGUUCGGGUCCCGUCUCCUCCUUUACUAGUUUUUCUCUAAUAUCUCCUACUAGUCAGAGCCAGGGCGGACAGGCCCUGAAUGAGGCGGAACCUUUUGGGGGGGAGGCAGCGCCUGUGGAGGCUCCUUCCGGUCCGGCUCUCUCGGCCCUCGGCUUUUUCCGCCUUGUCGCGGGCCUCGGGCUUCGGCUAUUUCCGGAGUAAGUUCGUUCUCUCCCUGGCUUGCUAGUUCGCAGCUGCCGCGCGACAAGCUAAGGAGUAUCUAAGCUGAGCUGGGCUGGGCUGGGCUGCAGAUGUCGGACUCGCUCCUCACUUCGGGUUCUGGGUUCUUGAACCCUGAAGGCGAACUCGGGAUAGAGGCUGGAGCCGGAGUUGGGGACUGUUCGGCCCCAGCCACAGAAAAUGAGGAUCCAGACCACAGAACAAGUGAUAUUGCUUCCCCAAUGAUGACUGCUUCUGAUCAGGAAACUUUAUCUUCACCUGGCAGGCCACAGAUUGUAUCCUCUGUGAUUGAGGAUGUAGCAGAAAAUCCUGGAAAAGGUGAUGGUGCUUUGGAGGAGCAGGCAUUGGUGGGUCAGGAAACACUGUCAGGAGACCAGCUUCUGAAAGAGGAAUCUGUUGUUCCGAUGAACAAGUUCCAAGCACCAAAAGGAUCAGGAGACAUGGUUAUGAUCCAGUCAGACACAGGAGACAUAGGAACCAUGGAUGUCCUUUCAAAUGAGUUGGAAUCUGCAGAUCUCCUUGGAGAACAGAGAAGAGUCUCAACGCCUCCUCUGUCUCCUCCAUCCAUAUGGACCUUUGCCAAGAUGAAGGAAUUCAAAACCAAGAUGAGCAAGGUGAAGAAUUCUCGGCUAGUGGUGAAGCGGGGUGAGGUAGUAACAGUACGAGUGCCCACCCACCCUGAUGGCAAGCGUCUCUUUUGGGAAUUUGCCACUGACAAUUAUGACAUUGGUUUUGGUGUCUAUUUUGAUUGGACCCCUGUAACCAGCACUGCUGUCACUGUGCAUGUCAGUGAGUCCAGUGAUGAGGAUGAGGAUGAUGAAGAGGAUACAGAGGGAGGGAUUGAAGGACUCGUCCCAAUUGGAGAUGUGGAGAUGGGCUCCAAGAGCUCUCUUCGGAAUCGCUAUGGGGAGAUCAUGCCAGUUUAUCGGAGAGAUAGCCACCGAGAUGUACAGGCUGGUUGUCAUGACUACCCAGGAGAAGGCAUCUACCUGCUUAAAUUUGAUAAUUCCUAUUCACUGCUUCGCAACAAGACUCUCUACUACCAUGUAUAUUACACCAGCUGAGGGGCUGAGGCCACAGAUCUGGUGGGCAAAGGGGGAUUUUUUUUUCUGAUGCCUUUUUGCUUUCUAUGGACAAGCUGCUUAAAUGCUGAGUGUGAGGCUUCUGAAGUUUGCACUUGCCUGCCUGGCAUGCCUGCCUGUUGACCUAAGAAUAGCUUCUUCCCCUUCCACCACUUCUGCAGGUUACACCUGGACAAUUUUUCCUGAUAUAAACUUCAGGGAUAACACUCUGUGAAGUUAUCAGGCAAGAACCUGAAAGGAAGUGGGAUGUUUUUUGUUUGUCUCUGUUCUGCUUUGUAUGAGGUAUGCCACUGAGCUGGGGGUGGCUGCCCUGCCCCUUCCUCUUCCCCAGACCCCUCUCUGUGAUGGCACUUGUUAGCCUCCUUGGUUGGAUCAGCGUGUGAAGUGGGCCCCAGCCCUCUUCACCUGUGGCUUUUCACAUCACUAAGGAAGGGGAAAGCUCAUGUUUAUAAAAGAAACUGAGAUGCUAAAGAGAAAGAAUUAUUUUGCCCAGCCUCUUCCACUGCCACAUUCCUACUCAGUUCCUUGUUCUUAGCCUAGCAAUGGCUCUUCUGUUUGAAGAGGCCUUACUGCCCUUGGAGGACUAUGUCUUGCUCCUCAUGACAAGUCCUCAGCUGCUAAAUCUGUGUACUUACUACCAAUGCAAAGAUUUUUAAAAAAUGUAAUCUCUUAAGAUCCAUGUAUUUUUUGAGUCUCCUGAGUAAAAAAGAUCCCCCACUAUUUUUUUCUGUUGAUAAGUAGUCACCCUAAGCCAGGGUCAUUGUAGAAGAAAGGGGAAAGUGGUUCUUUAUGGGAAGAAGUGGCAAUCAGGCACCAAUAGCUUUUAUCAUCCCAUAACAUAUUUUCCUACACCUAAGUGUGGUGAUACAUUUGUAUGAAGAAGAAUGUAGUCUGAUGAUUGUAAACAAUCCAAGCUUCCCCACCAUCUCUUUGUUAUAGAAUGUGAAUAUUGCUAGAGAAUUUGCAUUAGAACCAAAUGCAGUGAAAUCUAUUCAGGUAA